CAGGGAACAAAGCCUCAAGGAGUUCUUGCUUCAGCAGUGUUUGAACGGACCUUCUUCCUUCCUCCCACAUUUUCAGGCCACCAGCCAGCACAGUUUUCUACUGUAUUAUUAAGAAAAAGCAGAAAAACCUACAGCUGAAAUGGAUUCUCAGGUGCGUCAGAACUACCACCGCGACUGCGAGGCCGCCAUCAACAAGAUGGUCAACUUGGAGCUGUUUGCCUCUUACACCUACACCUCCAUGGCCUUCUACUUCUCCAGAGAUGAUGUGGCCCUUCCAGGUUUUUCUCAUUUCUUCAAGGAGGACAGCGAUGAGGAGAAGGAGCACGCUGAGAAGCUGAUGGACUUCCAGAUCAAGAGGGGAGGACGCAUCUUCCUCCAGGAUGUCAAGAAACCUGAGCGUGAGGAGUGGGGAAGUGGCCUGGAGGCCAUGCAGUGCGCCCUGCAGCUGGAGAAGAAGGUUAACCAGGCCCUGCUGGAUCUGCACAAACUGGCCUCUGAUCACACAGAUCCCCAUCUGUGCAACUUCCUUGAGACUCAUUACCUGAAUGAGCAGGUGGAGACCAUCAAGAAGCUGGGUGAUUACAUCACUAACCUGACCCGCAUGAAUGCCAACACCAACAAGUUGGCAGAGUACCUGUUUGACAAGCACUCCCUGGGGGGCAAGAGCUAAAGGACCCAGAAGAAAACCUGAAGUGCAAAAUCUUGAUACAUCAGUUACUCUAAUCGGAUUACUAAACGAACUCUACUUUUUAUUUCCUCAAAUCUAUUUAAAGUUUUGGUGUUUAUAACAUGUAGACUCUCUUC